GGCAGAGACAUCAUGUUGAAGAUAUGUAUGAGAUGAACAACUACGAGGAGAACAAGUCAAAAUCAACAUUUGUUUCCAGUGUUUCCGAAUAGAUUGUAGUUGUACCCUGCCCGGUACCUGAAAACCUGCUGCUAAGUUAGCAAUCAAGUCGUGUUCGACGGUCAGAAAUUAGGGAUGGAUGCGAAAGUUUUUAACGAGCAAGAGAGUCUUCAGCAAUUACUUAGUACGAGAGCCACCAGCAGAGAUGGACGACGAACGGUUUUUUUAUGACAAAUCUUUGUGAGCCUGAGCCCGAGAAUGCGUGUGGAAACGAGACACCACGUAAUUUUGAAAAUAGAAAAUAGAUAUAGAAAGAGCAAGGUUUUGAAUGUUGUCUGUUGAAUUUCUUCGUCAGGGUAGAAAGUAAAAACGGUUUCCUCAGCCUAUGACUCUCAUCCUUCUUUUUAUCGAUGAUGUAUUCAUCCGUUUCUAGUCUUGACUAGGUAGAAGACAGAGUGAGUUGGACGAUAAUGUAGUUUUUAGGCAUCUUUUCCAAAACUAUUUCUCUGCGAUGUAGGAGGUAGUUUUUUCUUCUGCAGUUGUUGUAUGUGAAUAAAGAGCACUGUCUUUCUUGCUUCUUUUCGCAGAAGCUUAUGAUUUUUUAUAUGUAGCCGCUUCGCGGCAUGCAUGGUUGUAUUCUAUUCAGCUUAGAAAGUCCCUGUGGUGUGCGUGUAACAAAAAAAUUCAAUCGAAUUUCGAAGGUGGAUCAUUAAAUCCGAUUUUCUUACAUACAAGAACUCAUAACCCUUGAAAAUAAUGUCUUUGUCAGAUCAUAAAUCAGAUUCUGAUUCCUUCAUGCGUUUUCGCAUUCGAUGAACACCAUGAUGGGUGAGCAUUACGAUCUUCAUGACCCGUUGGACGAAGCAAAUUAUUGGAAAGAAGACAACAAUGAGUCUGGAAACUUGCAACUUUCUGUCAUGGCCGCGACAAUGCAAAGGCUAGGCAUCUACAGUUUCGAUGACGUCGCACUCGUGUCGAGGAGUACUAGCGGUUACGACAGUACGACUAAUCUUCAGCACGACACUUCUUCGUCGCCGAGUAGAAACAAUACGAGAAGUAGAAAUAGUACAAUUUCAUCUAGUGGCGGCGGUCAACAUCAUCAUUGUGGAGUAGUAGAUGAAGAACUAGAAGAUAGAAGAGGUUCUCCUUCUCCAGACGUAUGGGCCCAACUACGUGACCAAGAACCAAGUUUUGACUCAGGUCACUAUGUCGAGAGCUGCUUAUCGCAAUUGCCAGCUCCAAGAUCGAGGACGACCACGAAGGAAAGAGGAGGACGAGAUGUGAAAAAGUCGCUGUCCAAGAAGACUAAAGAAGACGGAAAGGGGGUGUUCUUGGUCGCAGAGGAAGAGCAAGCAGAUGACAUGGAGGUUCAGGUUGACGAGCGUGAACGAGUGCCUGAUGCAGAAACGCAACAACAACAGCUUCGAAUAUUAGAAAAGAAUGUGAGGCAAUUAUUGUUGAUCAUGAAAAGCAAGAGCGAUUGCGAAGAAGAAGAAGGCAACUCUGCCUAUAAUGUUGCUCGUGACCGUCAGGGGAACGAUGAACGAUUAGACCUCAACCAAGGGCAAGGAGAAGCCCCCUGCUCCCAGUCGUCGAACUCUUCGAGCUCAAAAAACUCGAAUACCUUUCUUGACAAAAACUUCUACAAAAAUUCACCACCACCUCCUGUCUGCACGCCUUUCGUGUUGCUGAACAAAAACGAUCUGGUCGAAGAGCAGAUGAGAAGGCGAGGAGGAGGAGCAGACAUCAAUACUGUUAGGGACGAACAAGAUGACGAUGUUGUGAUGAAGAGGAGGAGUGAAAUUGAUCAUCUGCGAGAAGAUGAACCGCACCAGGGGUACGACGAUUAUAAGGCACACACGACUUCUUCGACCAUAACCUCCGUUGAACGACGUCUACAGCGCCUGCUAGCUGGAAACUCGUCAUCGAGUCAUGUCCUGGAUAAUUUGAGCCAAAGGGAACGAGCAGACGUGGAAAGAGAUUGUCUGCGUGCGGUCGAAACGUUGAAUUACUUGCGAGCACGGCGAUGA